GAUUUAGCGUCGGCGCGUGUGAGACAAAUGUGCAUAUACAUGGGCAGAGUGUGUGACUUUUACUGAAAACCAGGAACAGCUCUGAGGCAACUUUAAACAAGAGCUGACUUACUGACCUAUAAUAAGCUUCUGUAGAGCCCAUUGGCCAAGUAAACAGGGCACGCGGCCUCCUCCGUGGUUAUAGAUGGGCUCGGGUUAGAAAGGUAAACCGUAUGAUUGUUGACUUUUUUCUCCAGAAAUCAAUGACAGAAGAUUUUACAUUCAGAACUACAAGAUCUGCUCAACUAGUUCUGUGCGCUCCACAUCCAAAUUCCUCGUGGGCUUGUUGCAACCCAUGCCAUGCUACAUUAGAAACCACUGCCCAAAAUGGAGAGAAUUAAUUCUGCUGCCUUGAGGGUAUAAAAUGCCAGAUCAACUCAAGAAGGUGAAGACCAAAGAAAAGGCAGUAGAUACUAAAUCUCAAAGGGAUUAUUCUGAUCUUAAAAGGCUUCUAGCCUUUCUAAAUGUCCAGUCUAGCAAGCAACAGUUGCCAGCCCUUAACUUUGAAAGUAUUAAUAAUAGUAUGACCAAGUCUGAACGAUAUUCUAGCAAUUCUUGCAAAGAGAAAUAUAGAGGUCAGUGGGAAGAAUCUUCUGAAGCUGUUGAACUGGAACACUUCAGUAUGAAUUACAAGAAUGAAAGAAAUUUUAGUCAACAUCCGCAACACAAGUUAUUUCAAGAUAUCUUCACAGCUUUGGUUAAAAACCGGCUUAUUUGCAGAGAAUGGGCUAACCGAGCUUCAUCCGUCCAUUUUCUAAGAAUUUUAAUUUGUAUAAGAUUAUUAAUGAGAGAUCCAUGCUAUCAGGAAAUUCUUCACAAUCUAGGUGGAAUUGACAGUUUAGCACAGUAUAUGGAAACAGUAACAAAUGAUUAUCUUGGUUAUGGAGAGGAGCAACAUAAUAUAGACAAAUUAGUCAACAUGAUAUAUAUUAUUCAGAAACUUUCAGCUGUUAAAGAUCAAAGAGAAUGGGUUACAGCCAGUGGAGCACAUAAGACUUUGAUUAAUUUACUAGGAACUAGAGAAAAUAAUGUGCUUGUAGGUUCAUUGCUUGCUCUCACUAGCUUGGCAGAAAGCCCUGAAUGUCGUGAGAAAAUAAGUGAGCUGAACGUUGUCGAAAAUUUAUUGAUGAUAUUGCACGAAUAUGAUUUACUUUCUAAAAGAUUAACAGCAGAAUUACUCCGCCUCCUUUGUGUGGAACCACAAGUCAAGGAACAAAUCAAGUUGUAUGAGGGGGUCCCUAUUCUGCUUAGUCUGCUCCAUUCUGAUCAUCUAAAACUACUUUGGAGUGUAGUUUGGAUUCUUGUACAGAUUUGUGAAGAUCCUGAUACCAGUGUUGAAAUUCGAAUUUGGGGUGGAAUCAAACAGCUCCUUCAUAUUUUGCAAGGGGAACGAAGUCUGUUUUUAGAUCGUUCUUCCAUUGGGAGUUUAUCUAGUGCAAACGUAGCUGGGAGAAUCCAGCAGCUUCAUUUAUCACAAGAAUUAAGCCCUCAUGAAAUACAAGAAAAUACAUUUUCUCUUCAAGCAGCCUGUUGUGCUGCAGUUACUGAAUUGGUCCUUAAUGACACCAGUGCCCAUCAAGUAGUACAGGAGAAUGGGGUAUAUACAAUAGCAAAGCUGCUUUUACCUAAUAAACAAAGGAAUGUAGCAAAGGCUAAUUUAUUACAGUGUUACGCAUUCAGAGCCCUGAGAUUUCUUUUCAGCAUGGAAAGGAAUCGACAUCUUUUUAAAAGGCUCUUUCCUACAGACUUGUUUGAAAGCUUCAUAGAUGUUGGGCAUUAUAUUCGUGAGAUCAGUGCAUAUGAAGAGCUAGUAUUGAAAUUAAAUGCAUUACUGGAGGAUGAAGUUAAGCAAAUUGCUGAAAAUAUUGAAAAUAUUAAUCAGAAUAAAGCACCUAUGAAAUACAUAGGCAAUUAUGCAGUUUUGGAUCAUCUUGGCAGUGGAGCAUUUGGAAGUGUUUAUAAGGUUAGAAAACAUAGUGGCCAAAACUUUCUAGCAAUGAAAGAGAUUAAUUUACAUAAUCCAGCAUUUGGAAAAGAUAAAAAAGAUCGAGAGAGCAGUGUGAAGAACAUUGUGUCUGAAUUAACCAUAAUUAAAGAACAGCUUUAUCACCCCAAUGUUGUACGAUACCACAGAACCUUUUUAGAAAAUGAUAGAUUGUAUAUAGUCAUGGAGCUCAUAGAAGGAGCACCCCUUGGAGAACAUUUUCAUUCUUUGAAGGAAAAACAACAACAAUUUACAGAAGAGAGAAUAUGGAAUAUAUUCAUUCAACUGUGUUUAGCUCUUCGGUAUUUGCACAAAGAGAAGAGGAUUGUCCAUAGAGACCUCACUCCAAACAAUAUCAUGCUGGGAGAUAAAGAUAAAGUAACAGUCACUGACUUUGGUCUUGCAAAGCAAAAACAGGAGAACAGCAAACUCACUUCAGUUGUUGGAACUAUUCUGUACUCUUGCCCUGAAGUUGUAAAGAGUGAACCAUAUGGUGAGAAGGCUGAUGUCUGGGCUGCAGGAUGUGUUUUAUAUCAGAUGGCAACACUCAAUCCUCCAUUUUAUAGUACCAACAUGCUCUCCUUAGCAACUAAAAUAGUAGAAGCUGUUUAUGAGCCAGUGCCAGGAGGUAUGUAUACUACAAAGAUAUCAGCUGUCAUAAAAAGAUGUUUGACUCCUGAUGCAGAGACCCGUCCUGAUAUAGUAGAGGUCAGUUCAAUGAUUUCAGAUGUUGUGAUGAAGUAUUUAGAUGGAUUAUCAAAUUCCCAGCUUGUCUUGGAAAAAAAAUUGGAACGUGAAAGAAGGCGUACUCAGAGAUAUUUCAUGGAGGCCAAUAGGAAUGCAAUAAAAUGUCACCAUCAACUUGCUGUCUUAUCUCAGGAACGUUAUGAAAAGUCAAGUCUCAGUAGCAGUAGUAGUGGAACAGCUAGUUUAAAAAGUGAAUUUUCUGAAAAUACUGAUAUUCUAUCUGAAAACUUCCAUCAGUUUUCUGGAAAAGAUGAAGAGAAAGAUGAAACCCUGUCAGAUGAUAACUGUGUUUUAGAAAACACAGAAAAAGAUGUCUUCUCGGAAUUAGAUGAUGAAUUGGAUAUUUCAGAUCAAUCUAGCAGUUCUAGUUCAAGUCCCCUUAAAGAGUCAGCGUUUGGUAUAAAACGCAGCUUAAGUGCUUAUGAAAGACAGCCUCAGGCAAGAGAUUACACUGGAAUUCCAGGAUUCAGACCAAGACCUGCUUUGCUGCCCCUUGAUCUGCUUCUGAAAGCGCCUUCGUUCAUGUUCAGGGCUCACGUUAAGAAAAUAGAGGAUUCGUUAGUGACAGGGUGGAAAUCUCAUAGCCUUCCUGCUGUGAUUCUGCGCAAUCUGAAAGAUCAUGCAUCAGCUGGGAUUGCUGUGUCGCAACGGAAGGUACGUCAGAUCAGUGAUCCUAUUCAACAGAUUCUAGUUCAGCUGCACAAAAUUAUUUACAUCACUCAGCUGCCACCAACUCUGCAUUGCAAUUUGAAAAGAAGAAUUGUCGAGAGAUUCAAGAAAUCUUUAUUCAGUCAGCAGAGUAAUCCAUGUAAUUUGAAAUCUGAGAUUAAAAAGAUACUUCAAGGUUCCCCAGAGUUGAUUGAGCCUAAUUUUUUGACGUCAGAUUGUCAUUUGUUGCUUCACUCUUCAAGUGGCAGUACUUUAGUCCUAGAUGACAGACCUGGUCUUCUGGGAACUUUUGAGGAUGAAGGAAUGACAUAUGAACAAAUGCAGACUGUAAUUGAAGAGGUUCUGGAGGAAUGUGGAUAUUACAAUUUUACCUCAAGCAGGUAUCAAUACUAUCCAUGGGGAGCAAGAAAUCAUCCAGCCAGAAGAUGAGCACCUAGAAUUCUGAUUACAUUGGCAGAUUUUGUAAUAAGGUCUAAAUGUCUUGACUUUAGCUGUUAUUUUCUGACUGCUAAAGGAAAACACUGCAUAAAACACGACAAAAAGAAACACACAGGAAAGAGAAAUCAUUCAAAUCUUCUGCAUAGCUUACAGAGAAUCAACCAAGUAGAAGAACUGUAGUACAUAUCUCUGGCAGUAGGUAUAAGCAAUAUAGUUUUGGUGUCAAGAUAUGAUUUGUACAAAAUGUAAACAUUCUUCCAAGUACUUCCAUUAAGGUGACAAUGCACUGCUCUUUAGCCCGUUCUUGAUUUUUGGAAUGGCUUCUUGAAUACUCAGGUUUAUUAGAAAUCUUAGUUUUUACAGAUUUCCUAAUAUUAGAGAGUCAGGUUUAUUAGAAACCUUAGUUUUUACAGAUUUCCUAAUAUUAGAGACUCUAUUUUUUUAUAAUAGAAUAUAUUUUGGGCAUACAGCAAUUCAGAAUGUGUAAGCAAAGAGGACAAAGUAUAGCUAAGAAUAAAAAAUAGGUUGGGAAUCAGAAAAGAGCAUUCAAAAUAUUGCUUUAAUUACUUGAGUUAGUUGGGAUUUAUGCUGUGAAUAUGAUAUAUUAGACAGUAUUUACAAUUUUCACAACGUCUAACAUUUGUUAAAUCCAAAGAUUAGAGCAUGGAACAUGCUUAGGUUCUAUAAAUAGGUAAAUAUCAAUGUCAUCUAGAUAUAGAUGUAAAGCUACACAAAAACAUGUACAGAUAUAUUUAUAUUAAAUAAAUAAUCUAAUUAAUUGUUAUUGCUAAUUAGAUAUGUAGUAGACAUUGCACUUUUGAAAAAUUGAAAGUCUUUCUGAAAAAUGCUUGUAAUACAUCAUUGUUAUCUGGACAUUUCUUUUCUUUUAGCAUUUUUUCAGUUUUACUAAAUCUUUUCAGUUUAGUAAAUAUUGAGUAAACAUAUGGUUAUCUACAGUGAUGAUGUAAAUUUUAUAGAUUGGAUGUAAUAUUUCAAAAUUCCAUUGACUUUUUAAAGUGACAGCAUGUUUUAAUAUAGGCUUCAAUCUUUGGCCAUGUAAGGUGAAGGGCAACAUCGAAUAUUGUGUUAGGGGAUUGAGAGAGAAAAGGAAAUCCAUUCUAUUAACUGUAUCUGUUGGUAGUCACACUGUUGAUUUACAUAUAAUAUAAUGUAUAUGUAUGUUAACAAUAUUUUCAAAGUUACACACUUACAGUAAUUUAAAUUACUAGGAGGCAUAUUACUUAAUGUAGCAUACCAUAUUUAGUUGAGGGAGACAUGGAGGGAGAUCUAGGAAAAAAGUAUGUUCAGAUUUGCCUAUCUAACAUAUUUAGUCUGCUACAAAUGAUAUCAUGGAUUUGAGAUAAACCAAAAAGAACAUUUGAAAUCAAAAUAAGAAAACUGAAACAAAAUGCCACAUAGCAAAAAUAUUAUCUAGCAUUGCCAUUUGUCACUUUCAGAAGUCAGUAAAAUUUCAGCAGUGUUUUCUGCAUUUAGGUGAUAAAGUUGGUGAGGAAGACACAUAUACUGAAAUUUUAGUAGGACUGCAUGACUCAGAGAUUGGCCAGGUUCCUAAAUGUAUGUACAGUGUGUUUUAGGAGCUAUGGACCUCCUCUGCAUUUUGCUUGUUCACCACAAUAAAAUCAAUAGAACCAAGCAGCUGCAUGGUUCAUGGUGGCAAAUAAUUUACACAACAAUUUUGUUCAAGAAAUUUCAUGUGGAAACUGUAUUACUUCUGAUGGAUAUCGAUAGACAACAAAAUUUCAUAGAAAUAAUAGUAACUAGUACAGUUGGACUAAACUAAACCCUCAGCAAAUGAAAUGGAGCAUUUCUAUCCUUUGCAUAUUGUUUUGCUACUCUUGGAUUCUUUCUUUUUAUUGUAUUGUUCUGCUAUUGGUUUUUUUAAUUGUUUGAUUUACCUCCCCCCUUUUAUAAUUUAUCAGCCUUCUCAAAUGCUGCUUUUGCAAUAGUGAGACAACUCUGUCAAUAAAUAAAUCCAGUGAUGUUUGAAAGAAUAGUCUAGUCUGGAGCCUUUGGCAGAACAUCCAUCUCUACAACUGAUCCCAGCAGUCAGAAGAGGACUCUACAUAACACAUAUGCAGAUGUUGCUUUCAAAAAGUAUGAUUCCCAUACUUCUUGUCUUCCCUCAC